GCAGUCUGUACAAUGUAUGUCCUUAGUUGCAUUGAAAAGGAUGAAGGCGGGUUAUGAAUUGCAGAAGAAACAUGCCUGUUUUCAAACUGAGUAUUUAGCUACAACUUUCGCUGAAAACGAUACAGUUCUGAAAUAUGGAUUGUAUCAACGCUAAGUACGUCUCACAGAAGAUCAGCAAGACUCGAUGGAGGCCAAUCUCAUCUGCCUCGUUGCAGCAGCCAGAAAUAUUUGCCACCGGUUCGUGGGACAACGAGGAUAAUAAAGUGUCGUUGUGGACCAUUGGAGACCAUGGACUGGCUAGUAUGGACGAGGACUUUGAGGGAGAUCCCCAGUUACUAUGUGAUAUCAAACACGACGGUGAUGUUCUUGAUCUCCAAUUUUUAGAUUCAGAUAAACUGGUUACAGCAUCUUCAUCUGGAGCAGUGACCAUCUACCGGCAUCAUCAAAACAACCAGACCCUCUCUGUGGCUCAUCGAUGGGACCGUGCCCACCACUAUCCCUCUGAUAAUGCCCCGUGCACGGGAGUGGUCUGCCACAGCCCAGAGGUGGUCUCGGUUGGAGAGGAUGGGAGGGUUAUACUUUUCAGAGUGGACCAAACUGGGGUUUUGCGCACUAUAGAAAACGCUGACAGCAGCACGAUCCAUGCCGUCACAUUCCUGAGAACAGAUGAAGUUCUUACGGUGAACUCAAUUGGCCAGCUGAAACUCUGGGACCUCAGACAGCAAGGAAAUGAACCUGCCCAGAUCCUCUCUCUCACUGGAGACAGAGUUCCCCUCCACUGUGUGGACAGACACCCAAACCAGCAGCACAUAGUGGCCACAGGAGGACAGGACGGCAUGUUGUGCAUCUGGGACGUAAGACAGGGCAACAUGCCCUUCUCACUGAUGGAGGCUCACUCAGCUGAAAUGUGGGAAGUCCACUUUCACCCUUCCAACCCAGACCACUUGUUUACAUGUUCUGAGGAUGGUUCACUGCUGCACUGGGAAACCUCCAGCAGUUCAGACACACCUUCUUUCAUGCAAAGUGGACGUAACACAAGCAUAAUAUCCCGCAGUGCAAUCGCUCCAGCGGGAGGAAACCAGUCAAUCAUCAGUGCUUGGCUAGCCGGAGACUCAGGCAAAGGUCACCUUGAAACGACCCAUAUGCUCCCUAGCCAGACCCUGUCUGUAAAUAGCUUAGAUGUGCUUGGCCAAUGCCUUGUGUGUGGGACUGAUGGAGAGGCGGUGUAUGUGAACAAACAGGUUCCCAUCUAAAGCCAUCUGAUAGGUUUUAGUCUGGACAGAUACUUCAGGUGCAUUUUUGGUACAUACUGCUUACUUAUGACUUGUGAAGAUUCUUGUUUUUUUGUUUGUUUUGUUUUUUACAUUUCCACUUUUGGGGUCAGGUCAAUCUGAGAGAUUAUGUAUAACCAUGUACAAAAGUAAGAAUUUGUCUUGAGCAAAACACCUCUUGCAGCAAGGUAUUUGGAGCCAGUUUGGAACUUUCACAAUCACUGAUAUGUGUAUUGUAUGUUGUAUGGAUGCUUUUUGAAAGUACAUUUAUAAUAAACCAUGAAAUGUCAAACUAA